AUGGUCUCCAGGGACGAGGGCUGGUACAGGACCUGCCUUUCUUCUCUUGUCAUUGCAGCUGUCUGUCGAGGGCGCGUGGUGAGAGUCCCCGCCGGGAGCCUGGUGCGAGUGGUGGGCACCGAGCUGGUCAUCCCCUGCAACGUCAGCGAUUACGACGGCCCCAGCGAGCAAAACUUUGACUGGAGCUUCUCGCCUUCGGGGAGCAGCUUCGUGGAGCUGGCCAGCACCUGGGAGGUGGGCUUCCCGGCCCAGCUGUACCGGGAGCGCCUGCAGCGGGGGGAGAUCCUCCUGAGGCGAACCGCCAAUGACGCCGUGGAGCUCCAUAUAAAGAACGUCCAGCCCUCGGACCAAGGCCACUACAAGUGUUCCACCCCCAGCACGGACGCCACCGUGCAGGGCAACUACGAGGAUACUGUGCAAGUGAAAGUGCUGGCUGACGCCCUGCACGUGGCCGCCAGCCCUCGGCCAUCCCCGGGCCUGGGCCUGGGCCUGAGCCUGCACCUGGGAGAGCCCUUCGAGCUGCGCUGCGCGGCCGCCACUGCGUCGCCGCUGCACACUCACCUGGCGCUGCUGUGGGAGCUGCGGCACGGCUCCACCCGGCAGAGCGUCCUCGCCCUGACCCACGAGGGCCGGCUGCGCCCGGGCCCCGGCUACGAGCAGCGCUACCACGGCGGGGACGUGCGCCUGGACACCGUGGGGAACGACGGCUAUCGCCUCUCCGUGGCCCGAGCCCUGGCCACCGACCAGGGCACCUACAGGUGCGUCGUCAGUGAGUGGAUCGAAGAGCAGGGCAGCUGGCAAGAAAUCCAAGAAAAAGCCGUGGAUGUGGCCACUGUGGCGAUCCAGCCAACAGUCCUGCGAGCUGCCGUGGGCAGGAAUGUGUCUGUGGCCGAAGGGAAGGAGCUGGACCUGAGCUGCAACAUCACAACAGACCGAGCGGAUGAUGUCCGACCCGAGGUGACAUGGUACUUCAGCACGACGCCCGACAGCACCGUGCCCGGCCUCCACAUGUUGGCACGGCUGGACCGGGAUUCCCUGGUGCACAGCUCUCCUCACGUCGCUUUGAGUCACAUGGAUGCACGCUCCUACCAUUUACUGGUCCGAGAUGUUAGCAAAGAAAACUCUGGCUACUAUUCAUGCCACGUGGCGCUCUGGGUACCGGGGCACAACAGGAGCUGGCACAAGGUGGCAGAAGCCGUGUCUGCCCCAGCCGCUGUGGAUGUGACCUGGCUCGAACCAGACUACCAGGUGCACCUGAAUGCCUCGAAGGUCCCCGAGUUCUCGGACGACCUCACCGAGCUGGAGUGCCGGGUCGUGGGCAUGAGGAGCGCCGAGGCGAGCGUCCGCGUCGCGGUGUCCUGGUACUAUAGGAUGUACCGGCGCAGUGACGACGUGGUGGCCAGCGAGCUCCUGGCGGUCAUGGACGGGGACUGGACGCUGAAGUACGGAGAGAGGAGCAAGCAGCGGGCCCAGGACGGAGACUUUAUUUUCUCUAAGGAGCGCGCGGACACGUUCAGCUUCCGAAUCCAAAGGACUACAGAGGAGGACAGGGGCAACUACUACUGCGUCGUGUCCGCCUGGACCAGACAGCGGAACAGCAGCUGGGUGAAGAGCAAGGAUGUCUUCUCUAAACCUGUCCACAUAUUUUGGGCAUCAGAAGAUUCCGUGCUGGUGGUGAAGGCGAGGCAGCCGAAGCCUUUCUUUGCUGCGGGAAAUACAUUUGAGAUGACUUGCAAAGUGUCUUCCAAGAAUAUUAAGUCACCGCGCUACUCUGUCCUCAUCACGGCGGAGAAGCCUGUUGGGGACCUCUCCAGUCCCAACGGAACCAAGUACAUCAUCUCCCUGGACCAGGACUCUGUGGUGAGGCUGGAGAACUGGACGGAUGCCUCGCGGGUGGAUGGCGUUGUGUUGGAGAAGGUGCAGGAAGAUGAAUUUCGCUAUCGAAUGUACCAGACUCAGGUGUCGGAUGCAGGGCUGUACCGCUGUGUGGUGACAGCCUGGUCUCCUGUCAGGGGCAGCCUGUGGCGAGAAGCAGCAACCAGUCUCUCCAACCCUAUUGAGAUAGACUUCCAAACCUCAGGUCCUAUAUUUAAUGCCUCCGUGUAUUCAGACACACCGUCAGUCAUCCGGGGAGAUCUGAUCAAAUUGUUCUGUAUCGUCACUGUCGAAGGAGCAGCCCUGGAUCCAGAUGACAUGGCCUUCGAUGUGUCCUGGUUUGUGGUGCACUCCUUCGGCCUGGACAAGGCUCCCGUCCUCCUGUCGUCCCUGGACCGGAAGGGGAUUGUCAACACGGCCCGUAGGGACUGGAAGAGCGACCUCAGCCUGGAGCGCGUGAGCACAUUGGAAUUCUUGCUGCAAGUGCACGGCUCCGAGGACCAGGACUUCGGCAACUACUAUUGUUCCGUGACCCCCUGGGUGAAGUCACCAACAGGUUCCUGGCAGAAGGAGGCAGAGAUCGACUCCAGGCCCAUCUUUAUAACUGUGAAGAUGGAUGUGCUGAACGCCUUCAAGUACCCGCUGCUGAUCGGCGUUGGCCUGUCCACCGUCAUCGGGCUCCUGUCCUGCCUCAUCGGGUACUGCAGCUCCCACUGGUGCUGUAAGAAGGAGGUCCAGGAGACCAGGCGUGAGCGCCGCCGGCUCAUGUCCAUGGAGAUGGACUAGGCGGGCGUCCUGCCGAGGCGGUGACGGGGACGGACGUCUAGGAGCGAUUUGGGCAAGAAGAGGACGGUGAUGUUUAGAUGUGACGUGUGUUCCACUAAAACCCAGUCCUCUCUAAUCUCAGGUGGGACUUGGCGCUCUCUCCUCUGCAUGUCCAGUUCUGAGCGCGGACACGCUGACCAGCACAGCUUUUCUUCCCACGGCACUUUCUGAGGACAGUCGAGUGUGUCUUUUCCCAACUGCGGCUUUUUAAUGGUUAACCUCUGUCUAAUUUUUUCUUCUACCGGUUUAUAGAUCUCUGAGUCGUGUGCGUUUAUAGCUUUUGUUCCGGGGGGUUGCGGUGAGGACGGGGUGACGGCGUUCGGAGUUCUUUGUCCUGGGUGAGAGCCCGCUUCGGGGCUGGAGGCCGGGGUCCGGGGAGCGGCCAGGUGCUGCCCCCCACGCCGGCCCAGAGGCAACACAGACCUGUGCCGAAGGCGAAUUUUGGCUUUUCCUACCCUGCCCAUCCCCUAUUUUCAGGGGUUUAGACCACAUUGGAAACCUAAACUUGCGGUAUGUAACUUCUUAGCGAGCCCAAACGCGUAUUUUGGUUUUUCGCUCCCCUGCCCCCUCUCCGUUUCUUUGCCCUUUGCUUUCCGUGAGCGUGCUGGAAUGCCAGCCCUGGAAUCUAGAAUUGGGCUCUCCACCAAGCACCUUAUCACGCCACCUUAGCCUUAAGAAUGACUAUGAAGAAAAAUACACAGCCACCUCCGUCCAGGGCAGUAAGAAGCUCUGCAAGGAAGAGGCGGUUGGGGACAAGGGAAGGAACAGAUACUCACUGCGCUAGGGCCGAGGCCACUGGGCCUCGAGGGGUCCCAGGGAGAGCGGAAGGUGGAUCCUGGGGGUUAGGUUUCUGCAGCUCGGGCCGGGAGGGUCAGUGGGGCCAGGGGUGUGUCAGGCGGAAGAAGCACCUCCAUUCCCCAGCCCUGUCCUUUGCAGGAGGCAAAGGCCUUGGACACCAAGGGACGGCUGGGGCACCCAGGGAUGCCCCACGUCCUUCAUAGGUGGCUUGGUCUCCUUCACGUGAAGGACACUUGCUGCUUGGAGACUGGCUGACUUCACGGGAUCGGAAACUGCCUGGAAGAACCGUGCAUUUUCUCUGCCCUUUCAGUCCUGCGGGUCUUUGUAAGAUCCCCCUGCGAGGGGCUAGCGAGAAAGGGUAGACUUGUGGGGAUGUCUGCUUUCCUAUUGGGAACAUGAAGGAAACCCAGCAAUGUCCUGCCAUGUGAACAGCCUACAAAGUAGAUCUGAGAGCAGUCUCUUCGGCCCGACUGCUCAUACCAGCAAUAGGACAAAUGGACCAAAAGGGAUCUUCCGCUCCCUGGAACGCCUGGCCCCCGGCACGGCGCUGAGGCUCGCGGGUGACCCGCCCCACAUCGUACUCCUCUGUGCCACUGUUGUGGCUCUGAAGGACCUAACACUCCUCUGUUUUCUCAAGGGGGGAAAAAAAAAACCCACGCGUUUCUUCUGAGCAAUAAAGUAAUAGAAAUGACGGCCAUUCAUGUACGGCUCUUUGUCACAGUGGGCCAGACAGGCUCACAGCUUCCUUCCCCUCCACGUCCCUCACUCUGCUGCCCACGAUCCCUUCCACACUCAUCACCGAGUCACCCCCCGGAGGCAGCUCCCCACUCAGCGUGUCCUUUUUGAGGGGAGCGCUCAUGUGAUAGGAGCGAGAUUCUUCACUGACGGUGGCAGCACAGAUGAGUUCCAGACACAGACGAAAUGCGGGAAGACGGGCCGCGGGGCUGCCCCGGCAGAGCGUGAGUGGCGAGGGGAAGAGGCAGAGGCCUCGGUCGCACUAGAGUUGGGUAUUUUCCACGUGUCGUUUCCUAACUGCUAUUUCAGAGGACGUGGGUCACAGGUGAUCGUUCAAACCGGAAUUAAAGAGCGAACCCAUGACCAGGUGCUGUGUUGGGUGCAGCCAGUGCCCUUGAGCCCUGGCAGUGCUCACACUUACUAGAAGAUUCAGGAUUGUUGUAGCGCAGGCCUUUCUUGGUACGGGGAAAUGGUACUUAGCUUGGGACGUGACCGGGUGGCCCCAGGUGUAUGUGAAACCAUAGGUGGGUCACACCAGGCACUCGGUAGCCGUCGGGGCGACGUGUGCUCACACGAUACCUUGUCCUUUCAAACUGCUGUGUGGUUCGAGGCUGGGGUUGUUGAGGCAUUGGUCCCAGCCCCACCCUCGGUCCCUUGGGCUGGCCACACUGCCAGUGACUGGGGGCUGGUCCAAAGGGGAAAAUCCCAGGGUGUUGUACCAAGGACCUCGUUCCUCCCAGGGACGUGAGCUUGCCAGGAAUGUGUGUCCCUUUGAAAGUGCGGGAUACACUCUUACGUUGUACCAAAUAGAGCCCCACAAAGUGGUGCGCUGGAAAAGGUUCCUGCCAUAAGCACGGGCGCAGAUGAACGGAGGAAGGACUUGGCCACGAUUCACACGGACGACGUUGCACUUCUGAACAAAAAGAAACUUUAUAAAUUGUUUGGGUUUUUUUUUUUCCAAAUCCUAAACGUUAUCCCCAGAAAGGGCCUAAGCUAUGUUCAGAUAGGAGCCUCAAAAUUACUUUCAAUUGUUUACUUUAUGAUGUUUACAUACACUUUACACUUUAAAAAAAAAAAAAAAUGCAAACUCUGACUUUGUAACAACUUUUCAGAUUUUUCAUGGGAUGGUGGAACUCUGACUCACCAACUGGAUUUAAACCUUAAUUUAGAAAUGUAUUUAUUUGUGUCUUUUCUCCCCUCCUCUCCGAGUGGCUUUCCCCGAGAUCCCGGGGAAGGAGGCCCCUCCCACCCAGACUCUCGUCUGUCUUCCCUGGUGGCUCUUGCCUCUCGCUUUGCAGACUGCCCGCAGCCAUGAUUUUGUCACUGGCAUCUGUGAGCCAAAGACUGAGCCUUCGUGGCAGGAAUAGUAAGCAAUACUACACAACUUGCUACUUUCAGAAGACUUUUUUUU